UCCCCCGGCCCCUCCGGGAGGCGGAGGCGGUGCACGCCGGCCCUCCCCAGCCCGCGGCCCGCCUAGGUGAAUGUAGUCUUGCAGGGGGUGCCCGGGCGCUCAGUUCCCGAUUCUGCCGGGGGCGCGGGCAGCUCGGGCUCCUCAGGCUGCUAAGGAUGGGCGAGCUGAGCGGAUGCACGGGCGGGAGCCGAGCUGGAGGUCCCGGGCCGCGGCUGCCACUGUUGCUGCUGCUGCUGCUGUGGCCGGCCCGGGCCUCCGACGCCGCCCCGCCGCCCCAUGUGGUCUUCGUGCUGGCGGACGACCUGGGCUGGAACGACUUGGGUUUCCACGGCUCGGUCAUCCGCACGCCGCACCUGGAUGCGCUGGCGGCCGGCGGCGUGGUCCUGGACAACUACUACGUGCAGCCGCUGUGCACGCCCUCGCGGAGCCAGCUGCUCACCGGCCGCUAUCAGAUCCAUAUGGGCUUACAGCAUUACCUCAUCAUGACCUGUCAGCCCAAUUGUGUUCCGCUAGACGAAAAACUCCUGCCCCAGCUUUUAAAGGAAGCAGGCUAUGCUACGCACAUGGUCGGAAAAUGGCACCUGGGAAUGUACCGGAAGGAAUGCCUGCCAACCCGCAGAGGAUUCGAUACGUACUUCGGAUACCUCCUAGGCAGCGAAGACUACUACACCCACGAGGCCUGCGCGCCGAUUGAGUGUCUGAACGGUACCCGCUGUGCGCUUGAUCUCCGAGAUGGGGAAGAACCUGCAAGAGAGUAUACAGAUAUUUACUCAACAAACAUAUUUACCAAAAGGGCUACAACCCUCAUAGCUAACCACCCCCCCGAGAAACCACUGUUCCUCUACCUUGCUUUCCAGUCUGUCCACGAUCCCCUGCAGGUCCCCGAGGAGUACAUGGAGCCAUAUGACUUCAUCCAAGACAAGCACAGACGUAUUUAUGCAGGGAUGGUGUCCCUCCUGGAUGAAGCCGUGGGGAAUGUCACCAAAGCCUUGAAAAGCCGAGGGCUCUGGAACAACACGGUCUUCAUCUUCUCCACAGACAACGGCGGGCAGACUAGGUCUGGAGGCAACAACUGGCCACUUCGAGGAAGGAAAGGGACCCUGUGGGAAGGCGGCAUCCGAGGAGCAGGCUUCGUGGCAAGCCCCUUGCUGAAACAGAAAGGCGUGAAGAACCGGGAGCUCAUGCACAUCACCGAUUGGCUUCCGACGCUGGUGAAUCUGGCUGGGGGAAGCACCCAUGGAACCAAACCUCUGGAUGGCUUCGACGUGUGGGAAACAAUCAGUGAAGGAAGCCCAUCCCCGAGAGUGGAGCUGCUGCUUAACAUCGAUCCAGACUUUUUCGAUGGCUUACCAUGUCCUGGCAAGAACACGACUCCAGAAAAGAACAAUUCUUUUCCUUUAGAACAUUCUGCCUUUAACACAUCUAUCCAUGCUGGGAUCAGAUACAAAAACUGGAAACUCCUCACGGGCUACCCAGGCUGUGGUUACUGGUUCCCGCCACCGUCUCAGUCCAACAUCUCUGAGGUACCUUCAGUGGACUCACCAACCAAGACUCUCUGGCUCUUUGACAUCAAUCGGGACCCUGAAGAAAGACAUGACGUGUCCCGGGAACAUCCCCACAUCGUCCAGAACCUUCUUUCCCGCCUACAGUACUACCAUGAACAUUCUGUGCCUUCUUACUUCCCGCCUCUGGACCCCCGCUGUGAUCCCAAGGGUACCGGUGUAUGGAGCCCCUGGAUGUAGGGCUCAGGGGAGGUGGGGCUGGAGUACAUUUCUGUGCAGGCUAGCCCUCAGGCCCUUACUCUCCCGGCUUCUCCAUCAUCCCCCACCCUGUCACCUGGCCCUCACGCUGUAUAACCCACUGAGGGAGUCCAAUUUCAACCCACAGUACAUUUUUAAAGCCAGUAAAAUCUGGAAGGAUCCUGCUGUUGGCUGGAGUUAGUGUCUGGGGGCCAGGGUGGCUGGGUUCAUCCUGCUUCCUAUGCUGCAGAUGCUGGGAACUUGACAUAGGAAGUUAUCCCUGAGUCCUGGAGGCCAGGGCAGCCGGCUCUUUUUACUUCGCGAGUCGGCUGUUAGAACUCCCUCUGCUAAUAACCACUUUUAUGGGUGAGGCACAUUUCUCGUAACAGAGGCAUGAUCGCUAGUGGUUCUGCUGGCUGUGAGGGCUCCCUGUCUGUGAGAUCUUGUUUGGGCUUUCCACAUCCAGGACCCAUCCGCUCACCCCUCACCCACUCAUCCCCCUGUGGAGCAUAAAACCUUUGCAGCCAGCCAGCAUGGCAGAAUGUCUAUGCCUUGCUUCAGUUUCCAGGGUAACUAAGCAUGUUUUAAUCCCACUGCCCCACCCACUAUUGCUCAGUCUGUCUAGACUUCUGCUACCCAGCUUGUGUGGCUCUGUUCCUGUCACGCCUUCAGACGUCACUGUUCUGUGACAGCGGUCUCUUUCCCCUCUGCUCUACCCAUUCUGAGCUCUGGGAUAGUCCUAAGCCCUGCCCAGAGUAGGUGGACUGGUCAUUCCAUGUCCAUGCUCGCGGGAGUUGUGGAGGUCUGUGGCAUCUGCUAAGGAGGUUUAUCCUCACGUCACGGAAUCCGGCAAGAUGCGCCACGGUCUACGCUGCUUUCUCGAGCAGCGGCGAGAAAGGCCAGGACAACACACGCCUCUCUGCCCUGAGAUAACAAACUGUCUGAGAAAGGAAGUGGCCCGUGUCUGGAACAUUGGCCCCAGUAAAGCAGAGGAGACACUACCAUGUUUCCUUCGCUCUGUUUCACUGCCUUGCCCUGGGGUUCAGGGGUUGAAGAAUGAGGAUACACCAUUCGACCUUCAGGCCUUCCUCAAACCCUCUUACAAAGCCUGUUGUUGUGAGUCCAUCUCAUCAGCAUGGCCGCCUUGUUCACAGUUUAGCACCAGUGUCUGCAACAUAACAGAUGUCCAGUACUUUUUGUAAAUGAAAAAAUGAACAGAGUGAAGAGAAAGAGUCACCAUGAAAUUUACUAGUCCAGUGAGCUGACCGUAGGGGCAGUAUAAACAUCCCCCAGCCCUUACUGUUCUGUCCUCAAGCUGUCCCCUCCCACCUCUCCGCCGGCAGGAGAGCGCUCUGUAUAUCUGGACAGUCGUUGAAUGGCAGGUCCAGGAUGUCCUCUGCAGGUGGACAAAAGAGAAUUCUGCUUCCCGGAAGUCUCCUUUGCUGGUGAUCUCCAUGUCCAUCCUCACUGAGCACUAGAAUUAAAACCACCCAAUAAUGUGAUAUGUGUGGUCACCUUCAGUUCAGUAGCAGUAUUUCCUGGUCAUUAAUAUUCUGCAUUUUAUUAUGGUAAGAUAGUAUAAGAAAAUGGUGGGCUGGCAUAUAGCCAGCCAUGAGACCACUCCUUACGUCAAAGACUGGCAGAGUCUGAGGGACCUGAGUCUGGGUCCUCCUCCUGUCCCCUCCUCCUGUAGCUAUGGUGGCCUUUAGUAUUCUGAGACUGAAGGCUACUACUUCACCUACUUGAUCUUAGUACUCUCAGAACAGCUGUCCUCAGUUCUAGCAGUGAUCGCGGGCUGCGUUUGGAACGUUAACAUACUAAUGGGUUUAAGACUUUCAGAAAGUGAUUUUAAAAAAAAAUGACUGGAAGUUUUGUCUGAUAAAGCAAGUAGAAUGGAAUGUCUCAGACUAUCUCUUUGCAUUUUCAUGUUUCAUACGAAAAGAAAAGAUUGAUAACCUAUCUUUAGAAAUAGUAAUGUUAGUUCUUUCCUAUUUUGUUUAAACCUUGAAGAAGGUUUUAUUUAACUUGUGAACUUGUUCCUUUGUUAUGACAUGAUUGUUCCAGAUUUGAGGGACAAAAUAAAAUUAACCUUUCUGAAACUA